CACCAUUCUGCCCUGACCUCUGGAUUAAAAGCACACACACGCACACACGCACAGCCUGCUACUGCUCUCACUCAAGACAUGGACGUGCACCGAGUGUCCAACCACGGUCAAAUGGAUUAUAACUUCGACAACAUGGGACCUAAGCAGGGAAAGGUCCUGCCCUGCCAAGAGGACCGCUUCGACAGCGGCCUGGACUCCCUGAAGGAGGACGAGCUGGUGAGCGAGUUUGAGGACAUGAGGGUAGACUCGAUGGAUCACUCGCAGGAGAGCGAGCCGUGGAGGAGUGCGGUGACCGAGGAUGGUGACACGCCUCUCCACUUGGCCAUCAUUCACGAAGCCACUGAACAUGCCCUCCAGAUGAUCAAGCUGUCGCACAAUCACCCCUUCCUCAACAUCCACAACCACCAGAGACAGACUGCCCUCCAUCUAGCAGUGAUCACAGAGCAGCCCCUGUUGGUGGAGAAGCUCCUGAAGGCCGGAUGUGACCCACGGGCGGCCGAUAAUUGCGGCAACACGGCGCUCCACAUCGCCUGCAAGAGAGGAUCCCUCGCCUGCUUCGGCCUCAUCACCCAAAACUGCCAGCGCCACCUCACCUCCAUGGUGUCCUUCCCCAACUACAAUGGUCACAACUGUCUCCACCUGGCGUCCAUUAACGGCUUCAUUUCAUUGGUGGAAAACCUUGUUCGGCUGGGUGCAGACAUCAACACACAGGAACAAUGCAGUGGACGAACGGCCCUCCACCUGGCUGUGGAUCUCCAGAACCCGGCGCUGGUCCGCUGCCUCCUCGAUCUCGGUGCCAACGUCAACUGCAUGAACUAUGGCGGCUUCACGGCGUACCACCUCACCUACGGGCGCACAAACGAAGUGAUACGGUGCCAGUUGUUUGAGAAGACAGCGCAGGAACUGAGGGAGCUCCCCGAAAGCGAAUCGGAUGAGAGUGACAUGGAGGAACUGGACCUGGCGGAAGACGAGAUUUACGAUGACAUAAAGUUCGGAAAGUAAACAGAACCAUCUCUCUCUGCUGAUGGUAUCAAAGACAGUGAAGCUGCUACUGGGUUGCCUGCGGCCCAACGAUGAGGGACGAGUCAGUGUCUGUCCCCCCCCGUCCCGGUCCACAUCCACUGGUGCCGGCCCCGGGAUCACAAAAA